CAAUGUGGUUCAACGCCUUAACUCGGUUAGUUUAUAAGAAGCCGCUGCCCUAGCAGCCCUGUGCGGAGCGAGCAAUUUAUUUUCUAAAGAUUGCCAUUGUAUUUGGAGAAAAAAACCGUUGCUUUUAUUUUAGUUGUUCGUGCAUUGGGAUUCUUUUCGAGUUAAAUGAGUCCGUUAAGUGUUACCGUGCAGGGUGUUGUCCUCCUGUUAGUGCUUGUUAUUGAGUGCCACGCCGACACGACACGGUACAAUGUUAGCUUUGAUGAAUUGCACAGAUGCAAGCAGCACAACGCUAUCAAUGGGUACAACUAUCGGGCGUUCUUCAAGCUGCACGAGCUAGACAAUCACAAUCCAGCUAACGCUGAUCUGAUCGUCGAUCUGCUGGUGUACGUGCUGGCUGCCCGCGACGGUCACAUCCUGCUAUCGGAACAGAACAAAACGGCACCGACUGCAUUGGAAAUAGUGCUCGGCGGCGGUGGCAACACAUUUUCACAGAUACGCUUCGGACAGAAGGGUUCGCCGUUGCGCACGAAGGCGAGUGCUGGACUGCUGUCACCGAUUGAUCCACUUCCGGUGCGGGUACGUAUCGACACCGAAGGCCAGGUCAGGGUGUAUGCAGGCAAUCUUACCGGUGAACCGUUCAUGGAAACGAUGAUGCCCAAGAAGAACGCCAGCGAGCUGAGAUACGUCAGCUUUACCACGUGGGGCACGGCAUUAGCGAAAUGGUUCUACGAUUGUCCACUGCCGGCGAAUAGUACCAACGGUACGGCGUUGAUCGACGGGAACGAGCUGGAGCAAGAGUUCGAUGGUAAGCAGCGGUUGUUGGACCAUCUGUUGGGUGUCCCACGGUGGAUCGACCCACCGGUGAACUUUAGCGGGGUGCAGAUAUCCCAAAUGUACAUACAGGGGUUCGUUUACGAUCAGACGACAAAUCUGGUGGAGCUGUCGGGUGCGAUGGGGUUGUCCUGGAAGGAUCCCAGGUACCGCUGGAACGCAUCCGACUUCGACAAUACGACUGUCGUUGGUGAUGUUUGCCAUCUGAUAUGGACACCAUCGUUUCAGUCGGUGAGUCUGUUCACCGGAACAUUCGCGCUGUGUUACCUCUCCCACGAAGGUACGGUAAUAGUGGAGAUGGACGAGUUCUCGUGGGCGAAUUUCUGUACGCUUUCGGACAGCUACCGGUGGCCCUACGAUACCAACGCGUGCCAUCUGCAACUGCUGACGGCCAGUCACGAACGUCACGUACCUAUGCAUUUAGCCAUUAGAUCGGUGCAAUUUGACCCAGAGUAUGAGCAAUCGGAAUGGUCGGUAAAGACUAUCGGCAAACAUGAGUACGAGCAAACCGUUACCCCAUAUGGACAGCAACCAAUGCUCCAGCUACACAUUGAAAUGAUGCGGAAAAGUGAUAUACAUUCGGUUUCGAUUUAUCCGUCAUAUUUCGUUGCUAACUUGCUGAUCUCUAUUUCCUUCCUCUCUGAUGGACGAUCGCGACUGUUGCUAAACUCGCUUGGGCUAAUCGUGCUACUAAACACAUUUUUAAGCCUCUCCGUCAUUGUGCCUCGUGCUGGAGUGCCGAAAAUAUACCUCUUCUUCGAGUGGUCGCUCGUUUUCUACACAAUCUCGUCGAUAUUUUUUGCGAUAGAAUUGUGGUUGAAACGAACACGCACGAACAUACCACCCGGUUCCUGGAUCGGACGAGUGAUCAGCUUUCCGGCACUUCGAUUUGCACUUGCGAUGGACCAACGAAGUAACUACAACACGCUGGAGCACAAAAAUGUUCGAUGGGACGAAGUUACGUGCAUUCUGAACCGAAUUAUGAUGCUCGUUGUGGUGAUCGUGUUUGCUAUCGGAUUUAGUAAACCAUGAAGCAUGAUGUAGGGACGGUCAAUUGUAUUCUCUCUCGCCAUCGUACUCGCUAUAAGGUUCAAAGAAUGAUAUUCUAGACACUGAUUUUCAAAGCAUCACCUUCACAUCAUUGCCGCAGUUACCAUAAAACGAUCAGUGAUCUACGAUCGGCAAUUGAUGGAUUAGAAGAAAUGCGUAGCAAACAAUUGUAGAAUAAAUAGAGCAAACUUUUAUUUAAAACUUGUAUUAUAUCAUGUA